AUGGCAUGUAAGAGCCCGCCAGACCGGUUGAGGAAAUACGAAAAAAGAAACAAGAGGACGAAACGGUCAUCCCGACACACUGAUAUCAACGCCGUCGCAAAAUGCCCACUGCAUCAACCAUCGACUUCCACCACAUUCUUCUCAUUCCCGCGACAAACAACCACCAUGUACUACAAGUUUUCCGGGCUCACAUUUGCUUUUCCCAUCGUCUGUGUAGCCCAGCUUGUUCGCCGUGACCAACCGCUCCAGCAUUCCUCGCCAGACAAUGCGGUUGACGCUGCGGAUGCCCGUCUGCAAUGCACAACGUACACGUUGCAUCUUGAUCCCGUCUGUACGGAUACCUACAGUUUCGUUCACGGCACACGACAGAAACCCACUUGGUUUAAGGCGUUCCCUGCGUCUGCCGAACUUACGCACAAUCAUCUGACACGCUCGCCAUGUACGAUCUACCACACCCACCAGGCUUGCACAUACUGUCCAGCCCUAGAAUGUAUUAAGACUGUCAAGACGCCGUUUUUUUGGCCCUCUCGGAGACUUUCUGCUUGUGCCCGUUUUCCUGACCCCUUCAUACCCAUGUGGCUUAUGCCGAACUAG